AUGUAUUCUAUAAAUAAGAAUUCAGCUACUUUUUCAAAACAUACUAGCAGAGGGUUUUGGAAUCUAUUUAUUGAUGCUCUCAAACCAAAUUCAACUAUAAAUGAGUCUUCAAUUGCAAAUUUAACUCAAGGAAAUAAUUCUGCUUAAAUAUAUGGUGGUGACUAUGAUGAUGCGGCUUUUCAUAGAAUGCACGGAUGGAUUCUAUGGCUGACUUGGGGUCCCUUAGCUCUUAUUUAAUUUGCAACUACCAGAUACUUAAAGACAUUUAAGUAUGGCAUCUGGGUGCACAUUUUUACGGGAGUCCUAAAUUUAAUUGUCACAAUAGUCCUUGGAGUGUUGGCUAUUAGAGAAAAUUAAUGGACAAUUAAUGAUAACCUUCAUUCGAGGUGUGGUUUAUUACUCAUUGGGAUGGUUGCAUUGGUAAACUUGACAGGAGUUAUAAUGCGCUUAAGAAUACUAAAAAGAAUCGGUAUAUAUUGGGUGCACAAAGUUCUUGGUUAUAGCAUUCUAAUUAUAGCGUAGAUCUAAUUAGUCUCUGGUGUCUUAUAAUACUCUGAUUAUUUUCUAGAUCAAUAAUCUCCUUUAGGUUAUAUUCAUGUAGCAUUUUUUGGGUUUUUAUGGGGAGGAUUAGAAGUAUUUCACUAAUUUGUAUUAUGGUCAAAAAGACGUGAAAUGCGUAAGAAAGGUAAAGUCAUGAGUCUUUUUAAGUUCAAUUAGCUCAUAUCACUUGGUAGAUAGCUCGUGAUUUUGGAGGAAAAAAUUUUAGAUUUGGAAUCAUUCUUAGAUAAUCAUCCAGGCGGUAGAAACUUUCUUAAAAUUAACAUUGGCAAAGAUAUAACCAAAUAUUUCUAUGGUGCCUUCAAUUUCUUGAAUAAAAAUUUGACAGAGCAAAGAGUUACUCAUUCACUACUUGGGCAUUAACUAGCAGGCCAAUUAGCUAUUGGAAAAUUAGAAAACUCUUACCCCGAGGAAUAUCCUGUAUAGAUUGUUUAUAUCUCACCUCUAAUGGGAUAGAACACUAAAACAUUUGUAUUUUAAGGAAAAUAUACAAGACCUGGCAUCCAAAAUUUCAGGUAUGAUAUUAAACUGUUUGGACAGUAUUACAUAAUCUUCAAUAAGAAAAGAUCUAUGCAAUAAAGGUAGUUUUAUGUCUGUAACUGUCUUAUUCCUGAAGUGUAUGAAAAGUACAAGAAUUUAAUUAAAUGUUAUCUGAAAAAUAAAGGGAAACUGGACUUUGAGGAUAUUAUGAUUGACGACUCUCCUACAAAUAAAACAGCUCUAACAAUUCAAAUAGGUUAAAACCUUACAGGAUUGUCAAAUUUCAUAAAUAAACAAUCUGGAGAGCAAUAUGUACUCAAAGGGCCGUUUGGAAAAGGACUUGAAUUGCAAUACUAGGGAACUCAUAUAGCAUUUACUACAGGAAUGGGAGUCCUAGCAUAUUUAGAUCUGAUAGCACAUUUGCUGAGAAAAAAUCUUGGUUUAAUGGAUAAAGAUGAGUCAAGUUAAUUAAGUUUCGUUGACUUCAAAUUUAUUCUCAUUGUUACAAUACCAAAGAAAAAAUUCAUAGUUGGUUAUGAGUUGAUCUUGGGACUUGUUAAGAUUAAUAAGCAUUUAAACAAAGAUAACUUUGAAUUCAAAAUAAGAACUACAGAUAAAUAGGAUAGUUUUUGGCAUCCGGAUAUAAUAACAAAGAAAUUAAAGAAGCAUGAUGAUAUUGCAAGAAUAUAUGUUAACGGAACUCCAAGGAUGAAUAGAGUUUUUGAAGAUACACUAAAUAAAUUUGUUCAGAAAAAAAUCAUCCAUAAAACGACCUUUGAAAUAUUUUGA